UGCCCGGUUAUUUGUCUCUAUAAAAACCGUCGUGCGAGCAGACAAGGGGCCUGUCUCUCCCUCCCCGCACGCACCGACAAAAGACAGCUACACCUGACGGUCACAGGUAUUUUCUCAGGUGAGAAGAUCGGGUAGGAGCUCCGAGACGCUCUCUCUGACACACCUUGUGUUCAACGGUCAUUCCUACAAGGUUUAACACCCUAAUAUCGGCGUAUUUCUGCAAACAAAAGAUAAAACAAAGGAGGGAAUACCACAUACCUCUGACACCAUUGAUAGCAAGAGUUUAUAAGACGGUUGGAGAGGAUUCGUAGCCGCACCGCGAGGCGGGAAGGACCGGACUUAAACGUUGCGACAGGAGGCAGGACCCGCCCGCAGGUCUGACGAGUUGCCGCCGCCCGACCGUGGACCAGGGAGCGCGCCCUGCACUGAGGUCUCCCUCCGCCAUGUACCGUCACCCCUCCCAGGGCAGCUACAACUUGAACCCGUACAACUACGCCACGGCGCACCCUGCCUACCCCGCGGAGUACGGACAGUACCAGGUCCCGCCUGCCGUCAACGCCAGCGAGAACCUACAGCAGACGGCCGCCGCCGCCGCGUGGCAGUCCGCCGCAGCCUUCGGCUCGCACGGGGCCGGACAGAGGCCAGAGGAAUGGGACGGUCGCGGGUACAACUGCACGGCGGGGACAGGGCUGACCGCCGGCCCGACCGGGUCCUGUACAGCCUUCCCCGGGAUGGACUACCCCGUCCCCGUCGGUGCCAUCCAGGCCAACAGCCCUGCCGUGUCGGGAGUGACGACCAACUCUACCAACAGUCAGAGACCACAGCACAGCAGAAAUCCGUACGACUGGAUGAGGAAAAGCAACUACUCCACAAGUCCUCCCCCAGUGCUGUCCGUGCGAGGCAUGCCGCCGCAGGGCAGAAAGGAUGGCGGCAGAUGUGAGAUUCUAGGCCCUGAUGGUAAGACGAGGACGAAGGAUAAAUACCGGGUGGUUUAUUCCGACCAUCAGCGCCUGGAGCUGGAGAAGGAGUUCUACUCCAACAAGUACAUCACCAUCAAGAGGAAGGUUCAGCUGGCGAACGAACUGGGCCUGUCGGAGCGCCAGGUCAAGAUCUGGUUCCAGAACAGGCGCGCCAAGCAACGCAAGAUGGCCAAGCGGAAGGAGCUGCAGCAUCCGGGCGGGCAGGGCGGGAGUGACGAUGGGGGAGGGGUGAUGGGAGAGGUGUCCACACUCACGGUAGGCCCCCCACCCCACCAGCUCACCCUAAACCCCAGCGGCGUGGCGGCCUCCACCCUCAGCAACCCCGCUCUCCCCCCGUCCUCCUCCCCCCUCAUGACCAGCGCCAUGACGCAUGCAGUGACGUUGCCGUCGUGCGUUCCUUCCUCGUGACACUUGCAGAAGUUCCAGAGUGACAGCUGUUGAUACGGACCAAAGGGAGCUGUUGUGUGGACACGAGGAGGAAGAGACUUAUCAUUCCCCUCUAGCUGGAAAACCGAGAGAAAUACUACAUGUUUGUGUCCUCCAUGUGUGCAUCGUCAGCGCAUGAAGUUCGAGCUAUCUUUUGUACGAAGAAAACAAAACAGGAUAACACUUAUGGGAAAAUUACACAUUGACAAAUUUAGGUUAUCUAAAGUUUUUCAAAGGCAACGCCAACGUGCACAAUCAUUUUACCGCUCCCUUUUGACAAAUCAGUGAACAGACAAAGUUGACGAUGCAAUGUAAAUUUUCUUUUCAACUUCUACGAAUUCUGGCUUUGACGAAGCUCCUAGUUUUGGGGAAGACGCGAGCGAAGUCCUAGACACCUAGACACAAAAACAUUCUUCAGUGGUAGUAGCAUCUUCGUCUCGACAGCCGUGCAAUGAAAAGCGUGCACAAUGGCUACGUUUUGUACAACGUUACUUGUUCUCGUCCCCUUUAUAUUUUUGUGUGUUUGAAACCGGGCCCAGAAGUGGUGCAAUGUGCGGUUUACUUUGGUCAAACCAAAGAUAGUUUAGGUGAGAGUUUGUGGCCAGAAGACGAACUGCUGUCGAUCUCUCUUCGUACAAUCAAGCACGCUUGUAGCUAGAAGUUAUGACCAUCGUGACGAAUCGACUGCUAUGUUUACACCAGCUCCUUCGUAUCUACCGUUUGUCCAUUGUAAGGAUAUAGUUUUGCACCGAGGCCGACCCUUUCCGCGAGCUGACAUCCAAAGAACCUCAUAUUGUAUGUAUUGUUGAGAUAAUAAUUAUUCGAUGAUGAGAUGACGUCUUUUCUUGCUAUGCAUAUUGGAGUAUAUAUUUUCACCUUAAAGUGUAAUUUCAAACUAUGAUUAAGGAGAUUUUAUCCGUUCACUUUAUAUUAUAUAUUAUUAUGUAUCUUUGUUCUUUAUUCAGCAUGUGGUAGUGUAGCCGUUUGACACGUAUCAUACCUGUAGUGUAUGUAGGUUUAUCGAGAACCCAGUUGUUGUUCCCGUUCUUUCGGUUGGAAAUGUGACGUAUACUGUACAGAUAUAGCCCGUAGAAACGUCUACAGUUCCCAACAUGACAACGUACUGUGUACCACCCCUCCCCCCGUAGACACACGGAGUCUUUGUACACCUAGCGGCGUUCUCCUCCCCUUUCUUCUACCAUUUGAUGGAAUAAAGAUUUAUCAUCCCCGGA